GUUUUCAUUUUGCGUCAGAACCGUGCGCGCUCUCCACACAAACGAACCUCUUCUUUUUUCUGUAUUCUGCAGAUUGUAGUCUUGUGUUAAUUUUUUAGUGAUUGGUAUUCACCAUCACCGUCGUCAUCAUCAUCGCCAAAGCAGCAGUUGUAUAGCCCCCCUUUUUCCUCUUCGCGGACUGCGUUGACUAAAAUUUAAAUUUGAAGCGACAACUUUUCAGAUAUUUUGUGAUCAAAAAUAAUCAGACUUUAAUAGGAUAAUAAUUUUGUAAUAAGUUUGUAUCUACGUCAUUGGCGCUAUUCACCACAAAAAUCUACGUGAUAUUUUCCAAUUCCGUCCAAUGUCCGUUAAAAGAUGAACAAUUUAUGCCAACAUUCGGAGACUCUGAUAAGGCAGCAGCAAAUUGCAGACGUUUGAAGUUAGAAAUUCAAGAGAAAAUAUUUGACUACAAAAUCACAUCUCAAGUGCCAACAACAAAUUAUUAAAUUUGUUACAAAUUAGUAUUAAUUGCGGAAUUUGAAAUAUUUACAAAACUUAUUACUCACAUAACAUUAAUAGAUUCGGAAUCCAUCAUAUAAAUUCCUACUAAAUUACCAGCCAACCACCCACACAUACAUAAACACAGACAUACAUACACACACAAAAUGGGCAAAGAUUAUUACAAAAUAUUGGGCAUACCGAAAACUGCCACCGAUGAUGAAAUCAAAAAAGCCUACAGGAAAUUAGCGUUACGCUAUCACCCGGACAAAAAUAAAGCGGCGAAUGCAGAAGAGAAGUUCAAAGAGGUGGCCGAAGCCUAUGAAGUCCUCUCGGAUAAAAGUAAACGGGAAGUUUACGAUAAAUAUGGUGAAGAUGGACUCAAAUCUGGUGGCAGAAGCAAUGGCACAAGUUCGAAUAAUACAUUUACAUAUCAGUUCCAUGGUGAUCCACGGGCUACCUUCGCACAGUUCUUCGGUUCCAGCAAUCCGUUUGCCUCGUUCUUCGACAUGGGUGAUAAUCUCUUCGACAAGAACGUUUUCGAUUUGGAUACAGAACAUGAUUUCUUCUCAUCACCCUUUGGGGGUUUGGGUUCACGUCAUGGUCUUGGGGGUGCCUUUAGACCCUCUUUCAGAUCACAUUCGUUCAACGUGCACACACCUUUCAAAAAGGAGAAACAACAAGAUCCCCCCGUCGAACAUGAUCUCUAUGUCUCAUUGGAAGAAAUCUAUCACGGCUGUGUAAAGAAAAUGAAAAUCUCAAGGCGUGUCCAACAGCCGGACGGUUCGUCGAAGAAGGAGGACAAGUAUGUGAGCAUAUCGAUAAAGCCCGGCUGGAAAUCGGGUACAAAGGUGACGUUCCAAAAGGAGGGCGAUCAGACACCGGGCAAAAUACCAUCGGAUAUUGUGUUCAUAAUACGCGACAAACCGCAUGCCAUGUUCAAGCGUGAGGGUAGCGAUCUGAGAUAUACAGCCCGCCUUACAUUGAAACAGGCCUUAUGUGGUGUUGUGUUUCAAGUUCCUACAAUGUCCGGUGAUAAGCUGCGCAUCAGUACCAUGCAGGAAAUCAUCAAACCGAAUACUGUGAAACGUAUACAGGGCUAUGGCUUGCCAUUCCCCAAGGAUACAUCGCGCAAGGGUGAUCUGUUGGUGGCCUUCGACAUACAGUUCCCCGAGAAAUUGACAGCAGCUCAAAAGGAACUACUCAGGGAUAUGUUAUGAUGAGUUGUGUGGCGGCAAUCCAGCUGUGUGGCUCAAGUUGAUGGUUGAGCUUGAAAAUGCCACAAGAAACCCACUCCCUUCUCCCCCAAAAUGAAAGAUAACUAAAUUUUAGACCAGCGAAGCCAUCCUUGUGUUUGUUUUUUAUUUUAUUUUAAACAGCUAAUACAUAAAAUGUUUAAAUAAUUCAUAAUCCUACAUCAGAAUAAUAAUAAUAAUAAUUGUUUAAUUAAUAAGCUACAACAACAAUAAGAACAACAAACAACAAUUCAUACUAAAAACAAAAACAAAUAAUCAUUUAGCUCAAGCCAAUGUAACGCUCUCUAGAAGGCAACCCCCAGCUGGGUCAUCUCUUAGUAGGAAAGCUAAUUAAAACAAAUUAAUUACUUAAAUCAAAAACAACAACAACAACAAAAACUAUAUGAUGCAAUGAAAUGAUCAUAAAAUGCUCACUAACUGAAUGGAAAUGAAAAAAAAAUCCUUUAAUUUUGUUUUAAUUUUUUUUUAAUGUUUAAAUUUUAAACAUAGGCUCUCUUUCUAUUUGUUUCUAUGCCACCAUUCUCUCAAUUUUGGAUAUUAAAAAGUCUUCAAAGCUAGAUUCUAAUUGGUGUAGAAAGAUUAUAAGGUGAAGGGGUCUACGUUUUCUCAAAAUUAAAAAUUCUCUCCCAAAAUAGUUCUCUCCCGCAGAGUUUCCAAAUUUUGGGGGAAAUAUUUGACUUUUAUGUGACAAUGUUAACCACUUUCAUCACCACAAAAUAUCUAACUAUACCAACUCCUUUGCCUUUGACAAAACUCUAAUUUCCUCCUAAAAAAUACUGCUAAUUUGACAAACAAAUUUUACUAAUUUUUUAAACAAAAUUUAAAAGUUGUAUCCUUUGCUUUAAAAUUGAAAAUAAAAAGAAAAUCUAUCUAUCACUUUUCCCCCGUGCCCUUUUUGAUGACUUUAUAAUUUUAUUUAUUUUAUACUAAAUGUGUUUUUAUUGUUUAAUUUUAAUUAUUUUACUUGUCCUUAUUUAUAUAAUUUUUUUUUGUUCUAAUGCCGAUCAUAAAAGAAAAACUUUUAUUAAGAAACAAUUUCUUUACAUUUUUUUCGUUUUUAUAAAAAAAGAUUUAAAGCCAAUAACAAAAAGAUGUUUAAAAACAAAAACUGAAAUAAAAAACGAAAAUUAA